CUGGCGUUGCUAGUCUCAGCUGCGGCGGCCGACGGCAACGGUCGGCCACCAGGAGCCGGAGGGAUCCCCGCAGGUGGCUCCUCCGAGAGCCCAGCGCGGGAAGGUAGAACGGGUGGAACUACUGUCCCCCAGCCUCGCCGCGGGGAGCCCCCGGUGCCGGGGGACAGCGCCGGCUGCUCGCCGGCAGCCAGCGGCGCCCUGAUGCGGGCGCCCCGCGGGGAGCGCGCCCUGGAGGAGUCCCUGGAGCGGUACCAGAGGCGCCUCCGAGAACGUGCCAGUGAAAGCAUCUCUCAACUGAAACAUGCCUUGGCAAAAGGUGAUGGCACAGGAUUUGACCAGUCCUCUGUGGAUGAGGGCAGUGACAAUGCAGACACGGCCAAUGAUGACUGUGAGACUGCACCCAGUCAGGAACUGCCGCACAGUCAUGCGGUUAACCAACUUAAAAUUUUGUUGCAACACCAAGAAAGAAUGGAAAGUGAAGAGUCUCCUUCAAGAAGGAAGAAUUCAUUCCAUAAGCCCCCAGAAGCUGUGCCUGAAGACUUACCAGCCCUUUUCGAUCUUGUUCCUAUAAUCACCGAUCAGUCACAAUACAUUAAACAUUUGGAAACAGAAGUGAAGUUUUACAAGGAGGAGUUGUGUGGGGUGAAAGAUCAAGAACAGGCAAUUUUACUUGAAAAUGAGGAACUUCAUCAGAAGCUGAAAUUCAUAACUGCAGAAUACAUGUUGAGAGAACAAACUCUUCUUGAUGCCUCAGCAAAUACUCAGAGAUCCUGGCCGGUAGGUGGUAAAGACUGCAGCAUACAUCAGCCUGUCACCUCCUCACUGGCACACAGCAAAGAUCAGGCUUUUGUUGCAGCAGCUUCUGGAGACAAAGCCACGUGGCCUGUAGAACUGGAGAAUCUAAAACUUCUUUAUCAAGAAAAAGUCAAUAUCCUUGAUGCUCAAAUACAGUCUCUAAGAAAAGACCUUUCAGAAUCUCAGAAGACAUGCAAAGAUUUGGAAGGAAGGCUGAAACACCAAAAGUCACUGUUUGCAGCCAGAAAUUCCAGCCAGGUUGGUGGUCUGUGCCUGAACUGUGCCCAGCACGAGGCCAUUCUUGCACAGACCCACUGUAAUGUCCACGUGCAGACCAUCGAGAGGCUGACGAGAGAAAGAGAUGACUUGAUGGAUGCACUUGUUUCAGUGAGACAAAGCAUAAAAGAGAUGCAGCAAAGAGAAUCUAAUGCUUGUAAGCAAGUUGAACAUGCUGUGCAAAUGGCAGAAGAGGCCAAUUUUGAAAAAACAAAGGCUCUAGUCCACUGUGAGCAACUGAAAAGUGAGAUGGAACGACAGAAGAAUUAUCUUGAAAAGGAGCUGGCUGCCCAGCUAAAUAAGAGGGCUGAUGAAAAAGAAGCACUGCGGCGAGAAAUGAAGAAGGAAAGGGAGGACUUGGCAGCAAUGGUGACAGCUUUGUCUAAGGAUGUGGCUGUUUUGGAGGCUCAAAUAGAGAGAAUUACAAGGGAAAAGAAUUCUCUAGUUAACCAGUUAGAAGAAUCACAGUGCCAACUUGCAUCUCAUGAAAUGGAGAUGAAUAAGGUGUGUGGAGAAAUGCGCUAUCAGUUGAAUCAAACCAAAAUGAAGAAGGAUGAGGCAGAAAAGGAGCUCAGAGAGUACAGAACAAAAACUAUAAGGGAGCUUGAAAUUAAGGACCAGAAAAUAGAAAAACUGGGAUUAGAGCUCAAUGGGAACAAACAGCGUUUGGAACAAGCCCAGCAGGAUGUGACAGAAGCCAGAGAGGAGUGCCUAAAACUGACAGAACUGCUGAGUAAAUCUGAGCACCAACUGCACCUCACCAGAUUGGAGAAAGAGAACAUUCAGCACAGCAUUAGCAGUGAAGCAAAGGCCCGAGCCCUUCAGGCCCAGCAAAGAGAGCAGGAGCUGACACAGAAGAUGCAGCAAAUGGAGGCCCAGCAUGAGAAAACUGUAGAAGAACUGGAUUCAUUGCUGACCUCCCAGAAUACAUUCAUAGCAAAAUUAAAGGAAGAAUGUUUUGUGUUCGCAAAAAAGUUGGAACAAAUGUCAGAAAAAUACAGAUCUGAAGUCAACCAGCUUAGUCAGGAAAAAGAAUAUCUUCAUGGCAGAUUGGAGAAGAUGCAGAAACGGAAUGAUGAAUUGGACCAACAAUGUAUCCAGCAUGGGAGAAUGCAUGAGAGAAUGAAGUCAAGGUUACAGCAGCUUGACAAGCACUGCCAGACCACUGCCCAGCAGUUAGUGGAGUUGCUCAACAAACAGAAUCAGCUCUUCAAAGAGAAGCACCUGCUUACAGAAGAGGUGCAGUUUCUGCGAACACAGGGAAAAAUAUGGGAUGCAGAUCUCAAACAGGACACAGAUGGAAUGAAGUAAAAACCUGGAAGGAUAAAGAGAAAUGAGCAGAAGUCUGCUCUGCACCUGGCUGAAACUUGUCUGAGGCUCACCCAAAGACACCUCUGCAGAAAACAGGCACACUUGCUAGCUAAUUUCAGCUGGUUUCUAUUUGGUUUUAACUACAGAAUCACAAAUAUUUUGAAGCCUUACCAGCCUACCAAACUUUCUAGGACGACAGCUGAGACUUUUCUGAAAAGACCAGGCUUGCAAGCCAGUUUUAACAGCUAUUACGUGGUGUGGAUGUCAAUAAUUUGUACAAUGUUUAUAAAAUGUUUUUAUCUAUUUUCAUAAUUGAACAUACAUGUCUAUAUUAUUUACAGACUGAAAUAUCAAUAAACCUAAUAGGUUCUCUAGGUUCCUUGUUCUGUUCUUCUGAAUUCAAGGGAAAGCAUGUGCAGGGGAAGGAGGGAGAAGGGGGCUAUUUGCAAGUGCUGCACAUGUACACUGCCCUCCUUUUUACAAACUCAGUACCAGAAUAUACCGGGAACUUUAUUCAACAGGAUAUUUGUCACUUCUAUAUAAAAAGUGAGUCCCGACAACUACUUACUAAUCAGAAAAGCGUAAGAAGAUUGAGAAAUAGUUCACCGAAUGUGGAGGAAUUUCUAUGGGUCAGGUUCCCCUUUAAAACAUUCACUGAACAAGGCCUUUAAGAGAAAAGAGCCCUUGAUUAUUACAGAGGAGCCAUUACAGGAGGUGAUGGGCUCCACACUGAAGUGGUGAAACUGGACUUUUGCACCAGCACAUAUUCAGGGCACCAGCUGAACUUGGCUUCAAAUUAUUGAACUCAGAAUAUUUGGAAGGUACAGGUGGAGGGCUUUUUUUCUGGUUAACUGUGCACUCAUGUUUUGCAAGGUUACUUUUCAUAUACCCAACUGUUUUAGAAAUAAUUUAUCUGAAUAUUUUGCUAUCUAGUGUAGGAUAAGCUACACACACAAGAGAAAAGUUUCUACAUCUAUUUUUUUUCAAUGUAGUUGGUAAAGGGGGUGAAAAAAGCGCAAAGAACAGUUCCGCAGCAAUAAAGCUACUUCAGCCAGCAUGAACACAGAAAACAUAACAAAAAUAAGAGUAACAACACAUGCAAUAAAUUACCAUUGGGUGUGGCACACAAUCCUUCCUUCCCUUAUAUUUUAAGAAUUAUUAGUGGUACAGCCCUAACAUCAAAGUGAUUUUUCCUCCCUAUUUCAAUUUCCUGCCAUAUAAAACUGCCAAACACAUCUGAUCACCUCCAUGAACAGCUUCACAGAUAUGACACUGAGCGUGCUGAGAGAGGCCUCAGGUCUUUAAGAAGAAGAAAGGCUGCUGAAGGAAAGCCCUCUCUAGUCAAACUCAGGAUUUUUCACAGUAGUCAGGCUGACAGCUUUUUAAGUACUUUAUAGAUGGUUACUUUUUACUUUAUAGCUUUUUACUUUAUAGAUGGUUACACAGUUAAGAAUAUACAUUUAUAAAUGUAGGAAAUGCAAACUUUAUUUUCUAUUAUUCCACAGCAUAAAUCUGUGUUUUAAUAGGAGACAGUGCCUAUAGGCUACAUGUGCAAAGCAACUUGGGCACCUAUUCCUGACACUUAGGCUUCACUGAGACCCUGGAGCACACCGGGACCCUCAACCUUUCUGGACUUGCCUCACCUACCAGGUGGCUUCUGGUGGCCACACGCAGGGCCCCACUGCCAGCCACCCACGUGCAUGUACGAGUCUGAUUUCAAAGGGUCCUGGGCUGCCAGUAUACAUAGCUCGAAGCAGGUUUUCAUACUCAUCCCAGGCAUAGGUGCCUAUUGUUUUGCUGGGAGUCCACCAGGAAUAACUUCUCCUGCAGCAGUUACUCUGCUUUGUAGCAAUUAAUAAGUCAUUACAGCACCAGGCCUACCUGUCUCAUAUCCCUCCCCACCUUCCCCUGCUUCUACUUAAGCACUAUAAUCUUGGUUUUACAAAUUCUACAAGUAUCAGACCCGAUGAUCAAAUCCAGGUCAGCACACAGAGCGUGAUUCCACAACAUGGGAUGCAGACAGUCCUGUCACUGCUGCAGUUUUGUCCUGGUCACUGACAUCCUGAUAUCACUGAACUAAUGGAUGGCUGUCUCCCUGAUGCUCUUUCCUAUUACAAGGUCGGGGAGGAAAAAAAAGGAGGGAAAAAAGAAAGGAAAAAACCUGAGACCUGGAUGAAGCACCUCUAUUCCUGAGAAGCAUUCACGUCAGAGAACAGAAAACCCAUCAGACCCACUGCUUUAGGGACACUCAGCCCUCCAGACUGGCUGGUUCAAAUAGCCCUGGACCAGCCCGUGGGCUUCAAAGAGUCCCAUUCUCCAGUGCCCUGCAAAUCCCACCUUCCCUUUCUUCCGUCUCCUUCCCCAAACAUUGCCUAGCUGUGGGAUAUGAGGCCAAGAAUUUAAUCAGAUGAAAAUCACUUAAAUGGUGGAUGUUCUGAUAGGAGCAUAUCUUCAAAAGUAUAACCCAAAUUUACUUUUAUAAGUAAGUGACAUACAUCUCACAGAGUUAACAGGAACCACCUGUAUGGAAACAGCCUGGGUCCAAAGCACAGAUACAUUUUGCUUAGUCAUAAAAACUUUUUUUUUGACAAUACUGUAACUUAAUCAUUUACAAGCUGAAACUGUUCACCCAGUAUCUGAAAUAUGUCACAGCGAGUUACAGUUAUCACUAGGACUUCACAGCAAAUAAAACUUGUAACUAAACAUGCACAGAUCAUUAUAUAUACAGUGAUAAAAAAAUAAUGAUGUACAUUUUCUUGUAAGAAGAAAUUAAGUAAAUUCUUUGUGCAUUUCAGGAUUGAAACAUCUAACCUAUAUAAAAUUACUUUAAAAUAUGAAGUAAAUAUUUAACCCAAAACUUGAGAAAUCUUUUGUAAUCUGCAAUAUAGCCUUCUCAUUUCCAUUUUUCUUUCUCUGACACAGGACAACUUAAGAAUUUUAUCCUCUAAGAUAUUUAAUAGUAAUGUGCAGAUAUAAAAAAAUACGUCCUCUGUAGCAAGCUUGAACAUAUAUAUAUAUAUAUAU